AAAAUUGAUUCAGCCCAAACACACUUUCAGACCCACCUAAUGCCCGGUCGGGCAAGGCUGAACUCAUCUCCCUCUUUGUACCGCCUACGUCUCGUCAUUCUCUCUGUUUGCACCGUCGCGGCGCCCGCGCCUGCCGCCGGAGUCAAAACCUCAUCCGUCGCCUUCUCAUCCUUCUUCUUCACUUGUUGUUGAUCCAGAUUCUCAAUGGGGAAAAAUGACUUUCUCACACCUAAGGCAAUUGCCAACCGAAUUAAAGCAAAAGGACUGCAGAAGCUUCGGUGGUAUUGUCAGAUGUGCCAGAAGCAGUGUCGUGAUGAGAAUGGGUUUAAAUGCCACUGUAUGAGUGAAGGGCACCAGCGUCAAAUGCAGAUUUUUGGACAAAACCCCACCCGCAUAAUUGAGGGUUAUACCGAAGAGUUCGAGACAACUUUUCUCGAGCAUAUGAAGCGAAGUCAUCGGUUCAGCCGUGUGGCUGCAACUGUAGUUUAUAAUGAAUACAUAAAUGAUAGAAACCAUGUUCAUAUGAACUCCACGCAGUGGGCCACACUUACUGAGUUUGUUAAGUACUUGGGUCGAACUGGAAAGUGUAAGGUUGAAGAAACACCCAAGGGAUGGUUCAUUACAUAUAUAGAUAGAGAUUCAGAAACACUUUUCAAGGAGAGGAUGAAGAAUAAGAGAGUCAAGGCAGAUUUGGUAGAUGAAGAAAAGCAAGAGAAGGAGAUCAUGAAACAGAUUGAAAGGGCUGAGCAAUUGAUGCAACUAUCUAAUCCUGAGUCUGGUCAGCCUUCACAGAUUGAGCCUCCGAGGGAGCUAAAUGUAGAAGAUGGAAUUAAGAUAGGAUUUUCUCUUGGGUUAUCUGCUAGACCUAUGACCAAGGAAAAAGGUGAGGCAUCGGCGAUGGUUUUUGAUGAGGUCGAUGAAGAGGAAUAUGAGGAAAGGAAUCCUAGAAACAAUCUGAAGAGGAAAGAAAGUGGUGGUGGAAAAUCAACAUUGGAAGAAAUGAUCAGGGAGGAGGAGAGGAAAAAGGAAAAAAUAAACAGGAAGGAUUAUUGGUUGCAUGAGGGAAUUGUUGUUAAGGUUAUGAGCAAAGUGUUGGCAGAGAAAGGGUAUUACAAGCAAAAGGGGGUUGUGAGAAAGGUGAUUGACAAGUAUGUAGGGGAAAUAGAAAUGCUAGAAAGCAAGCAUGUGGUAAGAGUUGAUCAGGAAGAGCUUGAAACUGUGAUUCCACAGGUUGGGGGCCGUGUAAAAGUAGUCAAUGGGGCAUACCGUGGAUCACUUGCGAGGCUUCUGGGGGUGGAUACAGAUCAUUUUUGUGCUAAGGUGCAGAUAGAAAAAGGACCCUAUGAUGGUAGGGUACUUAAAGCCGUGGAAUAUGAGGACAUUUGUAAAUUAGCAUAGUGAGUUCAAUGAAAUAAUAACUCUGAUUCUCUUUUGCAUGAAUUGGAGCAUUUGUUCUUAUUUAUCUUUCUUCUGUGUCAUCUUUUCAUGUGUCUUCUUUAUAGCAUAAAAUCAUGGCUGUUAGCCUACUAUCUUGUAUUAUUGGACAGAAAUGUUGCUUGAUAUUUUAGAAUCCUGACUAUAAUAAUAAUAAUAAUAAUAAUAGGAGUAGUAGUAAUAUUAUAUUGUACAUAGUGCAAAAACAAAAAAGACUUUGAUCAGAGGCUCUAAAGUACUGUAUUGUAUGUGCAAUUUAAUGUGAGUAAAGUUGAGUUCUGUGUGUGGCA